AAGAAAGGAAGAAGCUCUCGCCUGAUUCGGCCCCGAACACGACAUGGCUCGCAUCAGCAACACCAUCGUCACGAUAUUAAACGUUCUGUCCGCCGUCCUGGCGCUCGUCGCCGUCGGCACGUCGGCCAGGUUGAUGGUGCACAGCAGCACGGAAUGCCAGAAGUCCCUGCAGGGCCCUCUCCUGAUAUCGGGCGUCGUCCUGCUGGUCAUCUCCUUGAUCGGACUCAUCGGGUCGUGCGGGCGAAACAAUUUCUUCCUGUACACUUACUUGACCCUGUUGUUCCUGUCCAUCCUCGCGCUCAUCGCCUUCACGGUGUUCGCGUUCCUCGUGACAAACGAGAGCGCAGGGAAGGCGGUCUCGGGGCAAGGGUUCAAGGAGUACCGGCUGGGGGACUACUCGCAUUGGAUGCAGGAUCAUCUGGUGAAUGGGGAGAAAUGGAACGAGAUUCGAAGCUGCUUGGUCGAUUCCAACCUUUGUGGGAGGCUCGGCGAAGACGUUCAUCAGACAGAGGCGGAUUUUUAUAAGCAGAAGUUGUCAGCCAUACAGUCUGGUUGCUGCAAGCCACCAAGUUAUUGUGGUUUCGAAUUCAAGAAUGCGACCUAUUGGACGGUUCCGAAGUCAGGCCCGGCAGCGCCCGAUACCGAUUGUCUAGCAUGGAGCAACCACCAGGAAACCUUGUGCUACGACUGCAAAUCAUGCAAAGGAGGAUUCCUAGCCAAUGGCAAGAAGGAAUGGAGAAAUUUGCUGAUAUGCAAUGUUCUUCUCGUCGUCAUUUACAUGGUAGUCUACAGCAUCGGAUGCUGCGCUUCCAGGAACAAUCGCGAGGAUCGCAAAUAUGCCAAGUACAAAGGCUACCCUUGAAUUUCACGAUGCUUUGAGUCGUCCUGCUUGCUUAGAUGAUGAUCUUCCCUGAG